ACUCAAAUGUGACCAUCUGUGCAGGCUGUUCCAGGCUGCAUCUGGGCCUGAGUGUCAGACCUCCUCGGUCACCAGAGCACUGAGUGGGGCAGCCAGUGCAGUCGAGGAAGCAUAAGAACCACCUCCUAAUCAGUACCCCCACCCCGCCCCUGUCAGGCAGUCUGUCUCAGGCUGCACUUCCGUAGUCCUGACAGGAAACCAGCUGCAGUCUCGGCCUCCCGCCAUCUCGAGGCAACUUCUUGUUUCCCAGUUGCCCUGUGCCAGCCCUAGGGUUGUGCCCCUUGGCUCCUCCCCGCCCCCAAACAUUCCCAGGCUCUGUCCCAGCAGCUCACAGGGGCUGGGAUGGUGGAGAUGAUUGCCAAACUGACCAGGAGGCAGAGUCGGGCUCUACGGGAACAGGUGGACGAACCCCCGGAGCCCGUGUACGCAAACGUAGAACGGCAGCCGCGGGCCACUUCGCCCCACGCAGCCGCUGCUCCUCCAUCCGGCCCGGUGUGGGAGACGCACACGGACGCGAGCACCGGGCGCCCCUAUUACCACAAUCCCGACACGGGCGUGACCACCUGGGAGUCGCCCUUCGAGACUGCUGAAGGCGCCACUGGCCCGGCCACCUCCCCGGCCUCAGUGGGCAGCCAGGAGAGCCUUGAGGCAGAGUGGGGCCAGUACUGGGAUGAGGAGAGCCGCAGGGUGUUCUUCUACAACCCGCUGACGGGCGAGACAGUCUGGGAGGACGAGCCAGAGGAGGAGCCGGAGGAAGAGCCCCAGGAAGAGGCCGAGGAAGAGCUGGAGAUGCAGCCCUGCAUGAGUCCUGGCAGCCCCAGGGACCAGAGGCCCCCCACCCCUGAGACAGACUACCCCGAAUUGCUGACCAGUUACCCGGAAGAGGACUAUUUCCCCGUGGGUUCCUUCAGUGAGCCUGGCCCCACCUCUCCCUUAACUGCACCCCCUGGCUGGUCCUGUCACAUCAGCCCCGACAAACAGAUGCUCUACACCAACCACUUCACCCAAGAGCAGUGGGUGAGGUUGGAGGACCAGCAUGGAAAGCCAUACUUCUACAAGCCAGAGGACUCCUCUGUUCAGUGGGAGCUGCCCCAGGUCCCUGUCCCUGCCCCACGAAACAUCCACAAAUCCAGCCAGGACAGUGAUACCCCAGCCCAGGUCAGCCCUCCGGAGGAGAAGAUCAAGACUCUGGACAAGGCAGGGGUGCUCCAUCGCACCAAGACAGUGGACAAGGGGAAGCGGCUCCGGAAGAAGCACUGGAUUACCUCCUGGACUGUGUUGGAGGGUGGUGUCCUGACCUUCUUCAAGGACUCAAAGACCUCAGCUGCAGGUGGCCUGAGGAACCCUUCCAAGCUCUCCACCCCUGAGUACACAGUGGAGCUGAAGGGGGCCUCUCUCUCCUGGGCCCCCAAAGAGAAAUCCAGCAAGAAGAAUGUGUUGGAGCUGCGGAGCCGUGAUGGCUCAGAGUACCUGAUCCAGCAUGACUCAGAGGCCAUCAUCAACACCUGGCACAAGGCCAUCACCCUGGGCAUUGAGGAGCUGUCUGCAGAUCUUCCCCUGGGAGAGGAAAGUGAGAUCAGCAGCGCAGACUUCGGGUCUAGUGAGCGCCUGGGAAACUGGCAAGAGGAUGAUGCGCGCCAGAGUGCAGCACUGAGCACCGCGAGCGUGGAGAGCGACUUGAGUAGGGUCCGGCAUAAGCUCCGCAAGUUCCUACAGAGGAGGCCCACAAUGCAGUCGCUACGGGAGAAGGGCUACAUCAAAGACCAGGUGUUCGGCUGCGCACUGGCUGCCCUGUGUGAACGCGAGAGGAGCCCGGUGCCACGCUUUGUGCAGCAGUGCAUCCGCACGGUCGAGGCUCGGGGGCUGGACAUUGACGGGCUCUACCGCAUCAGUGGAAACCUGGCCACCAUCCAGAAGCUGCGCUAUAAGGUGGACCACGAUGAGCGUCUGGACCUGGACGAUGGGCGCUGGGAGGACGUCCACGUGAUCACGGGCGCCCUGAAGCUCUUCUUCCGAGAGCUGCCUGAGCCCCUUUUCCCCUUCUCACACUUCAGCCAGUUCAUCGCGGCCAUCAAGCUGCAGGACCAUGCCCAGCGCAGCCGCUGUGUGCGUGACCUGGUGCGCACCUUGCCCGCCCCCAACCUCGACACGCUGCGGGUGCUCUUCCAGCACCUGUGCAGGGUGAUCGAGCACGGGGAGCAGAACCGCAUGUCGGUGCAGAGCGUGGCCAUUGUGUUCGGGCCCACAUUGCUGCGGCCUGAGACGGAGGAGACCACCGUGCCCAUGACCAUGGUGUUCCAGAACCAGGUGGUGGAGCUCAUCCUGCAGCAGUGCUCGGAGAUCUUCCCACCGCACUGACUGCGGAGCUGGGAUGUGCAGCGGCGACCGUGGUCUGGCCACGCAGGUUGGUGGCUGGAGGCCAUGAGGCUGGACUUUGUGAGAACCUCCGCCUCCCACAGUCCGCAGGCACAGUGAUCGCUGCAGCCCUCGAUUACGAGGGUAUGGUGACCCCUGGUGGGGUCACAGUUUGCAAAAUGUGAUUUUUUUUUCCUUC